AAUUCACCUAGCCUAUAAAACUUUGGCAGAGUUGUCGCGUUGACUGCUACAAGAUGGAUGAGAUUGAGGAUGUACAUGUCUCCCCUUGUACAGAAUCUCUUUACAUAAAACCAAUGAAGAUCAACUAUAAACAGAAUGGAAUACAAAAAGCGUGGGACGCCAUGAAGGUUCAUGAUAGUGUGGUGAUUCUGGUUUACAACAAAACAAGAAAGGUCUUUGUUUUAGUGAAGCAGUUUCGUCCAGCCAUAUACCUCACCUGUGCUGAGAUGGAGGAAAAAGAUGGUCAAACAGUCAUUGACACUUCCAAAUAUCCAGGAUCUCUUGGUGUCACUUAUGAACUUUGUGCCGGCAUAAUUGACAAGAACCACAGCACACAAGAGAUAGCCCAGAUGGAACUCCUUGAGGAAUGUGGCUACAAGGUGGCCCUUGACAGCAUAGAGAAGGUGGCUUCCUACAGGAAUGGAGUUGGGACAACAGGAUCAAUGCAGACGAUGUACUUUGUGGAGGUAACAGACGCAAUGAAGGUUGGGGAAGGAGGGGGCGUGGCACAGGAGGGGGAGAUGAUUGAAGUUGUAGACAUCCCCGUUAAGGAAGGAAGAGAUUUCCUAAAAAAUGAGAAGUAUAAUAUUCCAUUACCAGUGUUAUUUGGCAUCAAUUGGUAUUAUGAGAAUAAAGCAAGUCAAGACUGAUGGAUGUUAUUUGAAUCCAUGUUCAUUAAUUUUAAUACAUCUGAGCCAAGAAUCAUAUCAGUUUAUGUCAUUGUGAAUUAUCUGUGGUAAACUGUUUGGUGUAAUGAAUGAUUGUGUGAUUGAGGUUGAAACAUUUGUCAUCCAUAGAAAUUGUAUUUUGUUGUUGUUUAAUGCCAUAUUCCAGUUAUGUGACAGCAGUCUGUAAAUAAUCGAGUCUGGACCAAAUUAUCCAGUGAUUAACACCAUGAACAUCGACCCACGCAUUAGGGAUACGAUGACAUACUGUGAACCAAGUCACCCGGGUCUGACUACCUGAUCCAUUGGUUGCUGGGGUCAUAUAUUCGUACCUGGGAUCAAAAGCAGUUGAAAGGGUAUGCUUACUAAGUUCUGAAGUGAAGAUCAACUUCUUGGAUACUUUAUGAAUAUUUUAAUGUAUGAUUAUCAGUAUUCCAGUAUAUUGGUAGUACAACAUCGUCUUGACACCCAUUUAGACAUAGCUGAAAAUGCUUUUUUUUAAGGUUAUGACAUGUUUGAUGUCAUUAUGUAUCCUAUACCCAAAACAUUACAGAGCUACAGAGUUUAUUGCUCCAUAUUUGUACGUAUUUUGAUACACUAGAACUGAAUAAAGACAAUCAUAAUGU